UGGGGGCUGCUGGAGAGCGGCUCCCACGGCUCCUUAGCUCCGGCGCCCCGGUUCGCUUCGGCGUCCGCCGCCGCCGCUUCUUCUUCCUCCUUCGCCACCGCCGCCGCCCGCAGCCCCGCAGCCUCUCCCGCCAUGGCCGCCGCCGGCGCCCGGCGCAGCCCCGGCCCCAGCUCGGGGCUCCGGGGGCGGUUGAGGCUCGGCUUCCACCCGCCGCCGCUGCUGUUGCUCCUGCUCCUGUUGGCCGGCGCCACCGCCGCCGCCUCGCGGGAGCCCGACAGCCCCUGCCGGCUCAAGACCGUCACGGUGUCCACGCUGCCUGCCCUGCGGGAGAGCGACAUCGGCUGGAGCGGCACCCGCGCCGGGGCCGGGACCGGGGCCGCCGCCGCCGCCGCCGCGUCCCCGGGCUCCGCCGGCUCCGCGGGCACCGCCGCCGAGUCGCGCCUGCUGCUCUUUGUGCGUAACGAGCUGCCGGGGCGCGUCGCGGUGCAGGACGACCUGGACAACACGGAGCUGCCCUUCUUCACCCUGGAGAUGUCGGGCACAGCUGCGGACAUCUCGCUGGUCCACUGGCGGCAGCAGUGGCUGGAGAACGGCACCCUGUACUUCCACGUGUCCAUGAGCAGCUCCGGGCAGCUGGCCCAGGCCACCGCCCCCACGCUCCGGGAGCCCUCGGAGAUCGUAGAGGAGCAGAUGCAUAUUCUCCACAUUUCUGUGAUGGGUGGCCUCAUUGCCCUGCUGUUGCUGCUGCUGGUGUUCACGGUGGCGCUGUACGCCCAGCGGCGCUGGCAGAAGCGGCGUCGCAUCCCCCAGAAGAGCGCCAGCACGGAAGCCACCCACGAGAUUCACUACAUCCCGUCGGUGCUGCUGGGCCCGCCGGCCCGGGAAAGCUUCCGCUCCUCCCGGCUGCAGGCGCAUAACUCGGUCAUCGGUGUGCCCAUCCGCGAGACGCCCAUCCUGGAUGACUAUGACUACGAAGAGGAGGACGACCUGCCCCGGCGGGCCAACCACGUCUCCCGUGAGGACGAGUUCGGCAGCCAGGUGACUCACAGUCUGGACAGCCUGGGCCGACCAGGGGAAGAGAAGGGUGACUUCGAGAAGAAAGCAGCAGCUGAGGCGACGCAGGAGCCAGUGGAGUCCCUGAUGCAGAAGUUCAAGGAGAGUUUCCGCGCGAACACGCCCAUCGAGAUCGGUCAGCUGCAGUCAGCACCACGCAGCAUCUCAGCAGGGAGGCGGAAGAGGAGAAGCAGGCCCCGAGGGGGCAUCAGCUUUGGGAGAACCAAGGGGACGUCCGGGUCAGAGGCAGACGAUGAAACGCAGCUGACGUUCUACACGGAGCAGUACCGCAGCCGUCGCCGCAGCAAAGGUUUGCUGAAAAGCCCAGUGAACAAGACGGCCCUGACGCUGAUUGCCGUGAGCUCCUGCAUCCUGGCCAUGGUGUGUGGCAGCCAGAUGUCCUGUCCACUCACGGUGAAGGUGACUCUGCACGUGCCCGAGCACUUCAUUGCAGACGGGAGCAGCUUUGUGGUGAGUGAAGGGAGCUACCUGGACAUCUCCGACUGGUUAAACCCAGCCAAGCUGUCCCUGUAUUACCAGAUCAAUGCCACCUCCCCGUGGGUGAGGGACCUUUGCGGACAGAGGACCACAGAUGCCUGUGAGCAGCUCUGCGACCCAGAAACUGGAGACUGCAGCUGCCACGAAGGCUAUGCCCCUGACCCGGCUCACAGACACCUGUGUGUGCGCAGUGACUGGGGACAGAGUGAAGGUCCCUGGCCAUACACAACACUGGAGAGGGGCUAUGAUCUGGUGACAGGGGAGCAAGCCCCUGAAAAGAUCCUCAGGUCUACUUUCAGCUUGGGCCAAGGACUCUGGCUUCCUGUCAGCAAAAGCUUCGUGGUGCCCCCUGUGGAGCUGUCCAUCAACCCACUGGCCAGCUGCAAGACUGACGUGCUCGUCACAGAAGACCCCGCAGAUGUCAGGGAGGACGCGAUGCUGUCCACGUACUUCGAAACCAUCAACGACCUGCUCUCCUCCUUCGGGCCCGUCCGUGACUGCUCUCGGAACAACGGGGGCUGCACUCGCAACUUCAAGUGUGUGUCUGACCGUCAGGUGGACUCCUCGGGGUGUGUGUGCCCCGAGGAGCUGAGGCCCAUGAAGGAUGGCUCGGGCUGCUACGACCACUCCAAAGGCAUCGACUGCUCUGACGGCUUCAACGGCGGCUGCGAGCAGCUGUGUCUGCAGCAGACGGUGCCCUUGCCCUACGAUGCCACCUCCAGCACCAUCUUCAUGUUCUGCGGCUGUGUGGAGGAGUACAAGCUGGCUCCUGAUGGAAAGUCCUGCCUCAUGCUCUCAGAUGUCUGCGAGGGCCCCAAGUGCCUCAAGCCUGACUCCAAGUUCAAUGACACCCUCUUUGGAGAGAUGCUACAUGGUUACAACAACCGGACCCAGCAUGUGAACCAAGGCCAAGUCUUCCAGAUGACGUUUAGGGAGAACAACUUCAUCAAGGACUUCCCGCAGCUGGCCGACGGGCUGCUGGUGAUCCCGCUGCCGGUGGAGGAGCAGUGCCGGGGGGUCCUCUCCGAGCCCCUCCCCGACCUCCAGCUGCUCACUGGAGACAUCAGGUACGACGAGGCCAUGGGGUACCCCAUGGUGCAGCAGUGGCGUGUCCGCAGCAACCUCUACCGCGUGAAGCUCAGCACCAUCACCCUCUCGGCAGGCUUCACCAACGUCCUCAAGAUCCUGACCAAAGACAGCAGCCGGGAGGAGCUGCUGUCCUUCAUCCAGCACUACGGCUCACACUACAUCGCAGAGGCCCUCUAUGGCUCGGAGCUCACCUGCGUCAUUCACUUCCCCAGCAAGAAGGUCCAGCAGCAGCUGUGGCUCCAGUACCAGAAAGAGACCACGGAGCUGGGCAGCAAGAAGGAGCUGAAGUCCAUGCCCUUCAUCACCUACCUCUCAGGCCUGCUGACGGCUCAGAUGCUGUCAGAUGACCAGCUCAUCUCAGGUGUGGAGAUCCGCUGUGAGGAGAAAGGCCGCUGUCCGUCUACCUGUCACCUCUGCCGCCGCCCGGGCAAGGAGCAGCUGAGCCCCACCCCGGUGCUGCUGGAGAUCAACCGUGUGGUCCCACUGUACACUCUUAUCCAGGACAAUGGCACCAAAGAGGCCUUCAGGAGUGCACUGAUGAGCUCUUACUGGUGCUCGGGGAAAGGGGAUGUGAUUGAUGACUGGUGCAGGUGUGACCUCAGCGCCUUCGAUGCCAGUGGGCUCCCCAACUGCAGCCCCCUCCCGCAGCCGGUGCUGCGGCUCUCCCCAACAGUAGAGCCCUCCAGCACCGUGGUCUCCUUGGAGUGGGUGGACGUUCAGCCAGCUAUUGGGACCAAGGUUUCUGACUAUAUUCUGCAGCACAAGAAAGUGGACGAGUACACAGAUACAGACCUCUACACGGUUUCCACUAUUCCACUGGAGGACCAGACAUUACUUAGGUAAUUUAUGUGGGGAUGUGAAGAGACUCAGCCAAAGCUCCUCCAAAUUGCAGUCCUUUCGCUUCUGAACCAACCUGUGGUUUCUUCAAGGACAAUUUCCAAGUGACAGUGUCACUGUCUGAAUUGAAAGCAAGAAAGAAAAAUCAGAAAGCACAUCAGAAAAAUGGUGGCCGUCCACGCCUAGACAUUUAGGAAAGGACCAAACAGGGAAGGAGAAUAUGACCUAUGAAUGUCUACCAUGUGCUACUCACCAGGCAGAGUGUUGGCAUCGCACUCUCAUAUUUAACCCACCUAAGAACGCUGCAGAGUUAGACAUUCUUCCCGUUUCACAGAACAAGAGACAGAGACUGGAAGAAGUUAAGUUCCUCCAAAUCACAUAUCCAGAAAGCAGUAGCCAUUUAAGCUCAAAACGCUGGGCUUUUCACCACUCCAUCACUGAAUCGAACAGCGCUUAGCCACACGCAGUGGUCCAUCUAUUUGCCCUCUUCACCUACAUUCCUCUGUCUGUUUAUGUAAUGCUUGCCCUUUACCUAUACUGAGCACUUGUGCGCGUGUGGACACAUACUCCAGUGACUUCCUAGGUGCUUUCAGGAAAACAAAUGGGUAAAGUGGGUGGAAAAUUACUUCGGCAUGUGACUGUGAAUGUCAUGGAUAUAGAACGCCAUAGAUACAUUCUUAUCACUCAGAGCUGCUGGCUUAAAUUUGGGAACAUCUGUGUCAUCACCACCCUUGAAAGCCAAACCGGAAGGAAUCUUGGUGACCUAGUUUAUCAGCCUCCUUCUUGAUUUCUCAAUUUUUCUUCCUCCCCCUCCCUCUCCUCCUCUCUGUCUCUUCCUCUUUCUUUCCCAUCUUCUCUCUCUCUGGCUCUCCCUUCCUUUUCUCUGUCCCCUUUCCCUUCUCCUCCCCCUUCCUUUAGUAUCAGCAGAACCCUUUAUUCAAGCACAGUUUAGAAGGGCCAAUGUACAAAACAAACUAAAAGCAGGUGCCUUGGGGAUCUAGACUGAAGUCUGCUCAGCGACCCUCUGCUUUUCUAAAGAACCCUGGGACUUAAAACCCAUGGAUCUAGACCUUCAUGCUUGUCACCAAGGAGGAAAUUUAAAACCAGGAAUAUGAAGACCCUUCUCCAAGUGUCUCAGACACUCCUAAGCAGAGUGACUUGGGUUUCGAGCAUUCACUCACCUAAGGUCUCUCUUUACAUUUAUUGCAAUUAUUUGUUCAGAUUUUCUCUUUCUCUGCAGGAAGGUAGAGUGCUCAGAGGGCAGGGGUGGUGCCCAGCUGUUCUCUGUCGCACCCUCAGUACUUGGCUCUGAGCCGUGCACCUUUUGGGUGUUAAAUGCAGUAUUGCUGAACGGAUGAUCAGCCGGAUGAAUGCAGUAGAUCCUUUUUGCUCAGCCUGAUGCUGCCGCGCUGGGAGUUUAUGACUUGUCCCCAUGAUGGAUCAAUGUACUCCCAGAACUAGUAGCCCCUAACUGGAGCCACUAGUUAUCCUAAAUACUGCCCUCCAUCCACCCCAAGGCCUCUCCUCAUUCCACAGCCCACAGCUCUUAUCAUUCAGCUACCAGCUCCAGGGUGGGGAUUUAGUCUUUUUAAUUUAGCUGACCCCAUGUAUUGUUCAGGGAACGUGAAAUUCACAGAAACAUCCAUAUCCAUUGCUUCCCCUCUUCCCUCUGCAGAGCUGAGGACUUCCUUCCUCCCCACCACACCAACCUCACUAGAGUCUUCAGAGCACUGUUUAAUAGCGGCUUUCCCUGAGGUCAGCUUCAGUCAGGGGUCUUGAUGAACCCUGAUGGCCUGGGUGUGGGUGGAGGGCAGGGCGGAAGAGGGUGCGAAGUGUUCUGAGUGGUGAGGGAUGAACCCACCCCCUUCCCACUCAAACCCGUUCUCUGCAGUUCGGGCUUGUCCUGGUCUCACCCUCCUGCUCGGCUGUAUUUCAGGCUGGGGUGGCGUGGGGGAGGGUACAGGAACCAGAAUCUGUUUUGGGGCUGUUGACUUGCUUUUGGCUCAGGGUUCCCAGCUGCGCACGAGCUGGCUGGCCUGUGCCUCUGGCCUGGCCUCUCUUCUUGGCCGGGAUGCAGAGAGGCCCAGGCCGGGGCGCUCAGAGAAGUCGCAGGGCCUCAGCCUCUUGCUGUGGUGGCCUCCAGGUGGUUGUGGGCCAUUUCGUGGAGCUUCGAAAGUGGACGAGCGCUUGGCUCAUCCCAGGGCCUCUGCCGACCUGCUUCUCUCCCUUCCACACAACUGGUUGAGGAACAUAGAUGCUCUGGAAUAUCCGGGAAUCACAUUAUACGAAAGGAUUUUCCGGGAAACCAAAACUCUGUUUCCCUGAAAACCGAAGUCCAUUCGAUCCCCUUAAGAAUGUUCUGGCUGGCAGGUUCAGGAUUUGAAGAGCUCACAUCAUCUGGGUUUUCCUUCUCAAAGGACCCUGGAAAAUCAGCCAGCACAGUUUCUCCUAUCCCUUGUCUGAACAUCACUUCCCAGUUUUGUCAUACCCGGGAUAUUAUUAACUUAAUGCGUUCUUCUUAAAAUGGACCCGUUGUUAUUGUUUUUAUUUUUGGCUGAAUCAAUGAUUUUUAAAUGGAAAUUUUUAUCACUACCAGUAAGUGGAAAAACCAGGAUUACUUGCCAUAAAUGGAAGAUAACUCUAAAAAUCGAUACAAUGAAAACAAAACAAUUUUUAUAGAAUUCUGGACAGCUGUUGUUGCUUCUGGAAGGCUCUGGAUUACAGCCUUGUUCUGCACCCCCCCCCUUUUUUUAUUUUGUUUUGUUUUUUAAAGGAAGGUUGUCAGGUGUUACAGAAUUGUCAAAAGCAUUUUGGCACCAAAGCAAGCCAUUCUCACCAAAGCAAGCCAUUCUCCAUGACUGAAUUGGAAGGGCUGAAAGAAGAUUAGAAAGUUCUUUUGUUAUUACUAAAUGAUUUAAUUCUGAUGUGUCCCACACUUUGGUAAACACCUUGUAACCCAAUAGAAUGUUUUUUUAACCAGAGAGGGGACUGGCUCGCUGUCACACAAUAAAUCUGUGCCAAUGGUGGGACUAAACUAGACCAAGUACUCUGCGUUCCAGAGUGUGUUCUCCCUUGCUUCCCAAAUAAAUGCCAAAUUGCCUCUUUGAAGGGAACAAUUCACUCUUCAGGAGUGGGAUCCCUUGGGAAAAGACUUUGUCAAGAAAAAGGUUAUAUUAUUACUAUUUUUUUUCCAUCACAGCACUCUGUGUCUAUGGAAUUAUUAAGAAAGAUACUGAUUUUUUUUUUCACAUUCUUUCUGCUUUACUGAGUAAAUUAAGUGACUACUAUAGUGAUAAGGUAAUUAGUGCUAAAUUAUAUA